AGAACCAUUUUUGCAGCUGCCAAAGCCAGGAAACAAUGGCAUUUCUCCUUCCUCCGUGUUCAUCUUCCACUUCCCAAACAACCUCAACCAUUACAUCCUCGUCAAAUCUCUCUUCAACUCUAACUCCAUCCAAAUCCAGCAACGACUGGAUUUCGAAAUUUCGCUCCAAAUCUUUGAGUUUCGCGCUCUCCGGAGCUCUCACACUCGGAUUAUCUCUCUCAGGCGUUGGAGCUGCUCAUGCAUUAGUCGGGGUAAACAAGCCAGAAUUGCUUCCAAAAGAGUUCAGUCCUGUCAUUGAUGUAGCUGGCUUCCUCUCUGAUGGCCAGGAGAAAAGGCUAGCUCAAGAGAUUGCUAAUAUAGAGAAGGAUACUGGAUUCAAGUUGAGGGUUCUUGCUCAGAACUACCCUGACACACCAGGUUUGGCGAUCAAAGAUUUCUGGCAAGUGGAUGAUAGAACUAUUGUCUUUGUUGCUGAUCCCACUUUUGGCAAUAUACUAAACUUCAAUGUGGGAGCUUUGAUUGAUCUAGAUGUUCCACGUAGCUUUUGGAGUCGUCUGGCUGGGAAGUAUGGGAAUAUGUUUUAUUGGAAAGAGAAGGGGGAAGAUGUAUCAAUUGAAGCAGCUGUAACAGCAAUAUCUAGCUGUUUGAGAGAACCUGUAGGCUCUGAUAAUUGCUCCGAGGUAAGAUAA